CGCACUGUGUACUACUGGCACAGCCUGUGGCGUAUGGAUAACUUCGGUACUGCCACUGAUCCUGUGGAAAAACUUCAGAGCAAGGCUCCGCUUUAUGCUGAGCAAGGGGUGGCACUUCACUUCACAAGAUCUCAAGACGGUAGUGUAUGGGCAGUGCUGAUUGUGACCCCAAUUAUGAGAAGGACGCAGCAGCUGCAUGCAGCAAGGGAAAUAGUCUUCAUUUACUCCACUGCUUCCUGCGAUGCUGCACACAGCACUGUAACAAUGCUUCUGGCAGCAACAAAUGCUGGUGCGGUUCCAAUCGCAGCAAUAAUGCAUAGCUCCCAGAGUACCGAGGGCUACUCCGAGGGCUACACCGAGGCAUUUGGGCUCUUACGAAACCACUAUCCCAGUUGCUUUGGAGGAAUGCAGGCACCGCAAGCGUUCAUGACGGACCACUCAAUGGCGGAAAAGGGAGCACUAGCGAAAAUUUGGCCAGAUGGGACACAGCUUCUGUGUCACUUCCACUUACUACAAGCAGAGUGGCGAUGGCUCACAUCAACAAAGAAUAAUGUGAGAAAGGAUGAGAGGCAAAACCUGCUAGCAGCAUUUCAAAGGAUACUGCGAGCAAAAUCCGAAGCAGAAUUAGAAGCAGCGAAAGCUGGCCUGCACAGUCAGUACCAUCCUGGGUAUUCUGCAAGAGUGGAUGCUCUCCUUGAGAAGAAAGAGGAAUUGGUGAUGUGCUUCCGAGCCGCCAUCAGUACUCGCGGACAUAACACAAACAGUUUUGCGGAAGCGUGUGUUCGCAUUCUUAAGGACAUCGUCUUGAACCGCACGAAGGCAUUCAAUGCAGUAGCUCUAGCCGACUUCAUCGCAACAGUGUGGGAGAAAUAUUUUGAGAACAGAAUACUCAAGCACGCACACGGCCGAGUAUCAGCACAUCAACUACUGUACCAUCGCCUUCUGAACAGAAUGAAUGCUGAGUCAGUGGAGAACAUUGUAGUUCUGGGAAACAGGCUAUAUCAAGUUCCAAGUGCAGAAAAAGGUGGACAGUUUUAUGAAGUGUGGGCAGAUGCCGGAGUGUGCAGUUGUCCUAGUGGACAGCAAGGCGGCUUCUGUAAACACCAAGCAGCUGUUCACAUGCGGUAUGGGGGACUGUUCCCGAACGCACCUCUGCUGAAUGCUAUACAACGCCAUGAACUGGGAAAACUCGCCCUCGGACAGAAGUGCCCUGACUACACAUUCUUCUGCGACUUCCAAGAGAACAUGGAGAACCCCUCAGCUGAGUGCCUAAUGGCACAGGACACAGAGCCAGAGCUACCAGAGCUGCAAUCACAACUUUUUCUAGAACCACAGCCAUCAACAUCUGGGGCCAGACAAACUGAACAUGUACACAAGGGUGACAUGCAUGCUGUCCAGGAAGAACAGAAACGACUUGUUGCCCUGGCUGGUCACAACGACACGUUUAACAAGUGUCUACAAAAGAUAGCCCAACGUUUGAGGUCCAUCAAGACUGAAAGUGGUGCAGUUAAUGCAGCUAUCAUUGUGAGCACCGCACUUACUGCCCACACGCGAAGAGGAGGGAAGAUAAAGGUUCAACCGACAGCAAUUGCAAGACGACGUGAAGGCGUCACCAAGGGGUCAAGGAGGAUACCUGCUGGCCGACCUUCCAAGGAGACAGUUCCCAGGAGGACAAAGAAGCGCCGCCACACACUAAGCAGCAGCGUCAGAGACAAUGUUCCCCAUGCCAAGCUGCAUGGCCAAGGGCAUUAGGCUACACCAUCAAAUGAUCGUCCCAGCUACCCAAAACUUCAGAACUUCUGUCCCCAGGUGUUACUUGCCUGUGCUGUCUUCUUGCAUGACAGCUUUCCCUGUACAGCUCUGAGCAGAGUUAAUAAUACCGCGGAUCCCUACUGCACAUCCCGGAAAUGCAACUCUAGCGGAUCCUGUAGAAGGUAUUAGGAGAGAAGGUUUGGGAAGCCAGCACCCGGGUAUCUUAGGGUGACAGGUGCCCAAACCUUGUGGCCCAUUACAUUUUAUGAGUACUGCUACAGUUGCAUUUCCAGGAUGCGUGGUAUGGAGCUGCGGUAUUAACUCUGCUCAGAGCUGUACCUCAUGGUCAUCUGCGUCAGCUGUGUGCAGAGCAUUUCCUACAGAAUGUCAUAACUUCUUAAACCUCUGUUCUACUUUUGCCUUAUCCCAGCUUGUCAGGCGGCCAGCCAACAAGCAGCCAAUAACAAACUAUACCACCAAUGUAUUACACCAUGUACUUACUGUUUGUAUAGAGCUUGCAUCGCCCAUCUUAUACGUUCCUAACCUUAAGGACCGAAGGCGGCCACAUAAUGUGAUUCGUUACCAUAAUAGCCAACUUCCAGAAGAAUUUUCUCGCUUACUUGAUCCUUUCCUUGACGGCUUUGACUGCAGACAUGUGGCAAAAAUUUUGAACUUGUUUGAAAGUAUGGUUCAUGACUUAAUGGGUAAUUUCAAUCAAGCGUGAACAGUUCCAACCAAUGCUCAAGCAGUUCUUUGUCUUUACCCAGUCACUGCACGCUAAUAUAAUGACCAACAUCGCCAACAGGCUACCUUCAUCAAAGCUUUUCAACUGCUCGCUAUUGCUCUAGUACAAAAGAGCGUGUCACAGUGCAUAACUAGCAAUUUAUACGGAGCCGCAUAUGCUUCAUUACACUCCGGCCAAGUAUUUACCGGAACGACUUCCAGAAGCCGUUGAUAUAUAUUUUUUUCUUUUUGUUUUUUCAGUAGGGUUAACAUUUUUGCAACGAUUCGGCUAGUGAAACCGAUAUGGAAUACUUCGUCGGGCCCUUCCCUCCUCUUCAUACCUUUCGAGCACUUGGGUAUUCCUUAUAUCUUUUCAGUUAACAGAGCAACAAAGGAGGCAUGAAUAGAGAUUAUAAUCAUAACAGAGCACCGCUUCACACGUUCAUGUAGCAAAGUUCGUCUCGUUUCACAGGCCACAAACGACUUCUUUCCGUGCAGUACAGCUUUGACUUGUGCAUAAAACUGCUCCCUCACCUGUUUCAAGCCAUUACACCGUCCCUUCACAUGUUCUUACUCCUGCCCCGUGUUCUCGUGGGGACGUUACCAAUUGCAGUAUCACUUCUCAACACAAAGAUAAAUAAGAAGGAAGUGAAACUUGCCACGCAGCAUAAAGCAAUUCUCCCAAUAAAAAACGAUGCGGUCCAAACAACGAAACACACGGAGGCCGCCAUAUUGCCUUUUGCUUGUCACGGAAAAGGUGACAUAUAAACGGAAACACAAAACGAAGAAUCAUAAUAAAUCUUAAAAGUCAUUGUAACGAACACAUUACCGAUAAAAAUACGAAAAUCCGUAGAAACAAGCUUUUUUAUGGAGACUGCAACAGCUACACUCGUUCAGGUUCGUUUUGUCGUCGCGCAGGUCUUGUCGUGCGGAAGCAAUAUGGCGGCCCUAGGAACUGUAAAUACGCCGAUGAAAGCUAGUGUAACUUUUCUUGAUUUCACCGUCGAGGCGAUGGUGUACUGUAGUUUGAAUUGUAUUAGAUAUUUUCUGUUCGGUUAUUCUCAACUGCAAUACAGUAUCCCGCGGCUCCCACGGCCCAAAUUUGGGAUAGCUGACACUUGCAUGCUUAACCUGCAUGCUCUUUUCAUGCCACAAGUGCGGCGUUUACUGCUAGGAAGUGCGCUCAAGUAGUAAAGAGGUCAACACUUAUGCCACAACUGGAUUUCAGUUCCCCUUUCUCGCUCUCUCUAAUUUCUAAUUCAUAUUGCAAUGAAAUGGCUUAUCGCUACAUUUAAUAACCGAGAUCGAAGUCUUACAACCAGACCUCUAAAAAUUACUUUUCCAAAGUAAUUGUAUUACGAUCACAAUUACAUGUUC